AUGACUUCAAAAGAUGAGGUCAAUUCUGCUAAGAUACAAUUGGAAAGAUAUAUUAAAGAUGCUUGUCGUUACAACAAUGUUAAGCUUGAUUUGAGUAAAUGUGAAUUGGACUCUCAACAACCUGAUAAUCAGAAUAAAUCUCGUACUCUUAUCGAUGUUCUUUGCAACAGAGUGGCGCUUUUUCAUUUGUCCGUGCAGUGCUAUGUGAUGAUAUCAAUGAAUAUAUCCUACUGGGCUAUGGCACUCUUAAGCACAACAUUAAGUGAUGACAGUUUCACCGGUUACUUCUUAUCUGGUUUCAUCGAGUUUCCUGGUGGUUUGUUAGCUGUGGUGCUAUUACUUAAAUUUGGACGACGUACUAUCACCGUAUGGUCCUUCUCCAUGCAAUUUAUACUACUUUUCUUGGCUGUACUUUUUCCAGGUACUGGAAUAAUGCAAAUAUCGCUUGCCGUAAUAGCCAAGUUUUUCAAUAGUUUCAUUUGGGUUGCGCAGCCACUGAUGCUUGCUGAAAUGAGUCCUACAACAGUACGCAAUAUAUUCUAUGGAACUGUGCAGUUUUUCGGAAAUACUGGUGCCUUUCUGGCACCUUACUUACCCUUGCUUAAAAGUGUUAGCCCUCAAGCACCACAGGUGAUAGUAGCAAUAGUUUCCCUUAGCGCAGCAAUAAUUCUGCUCACAGCACCUGAAACAAAGGAUCGUCCGAUGCCAGAAGAUUUGAAUGAUUUCGAUCCAGGAUGCUUUCUACAAAUGUUCGGGUAUCGGAAACAAACAAAGGAAAAUGUCUUCCUAACAGCAAAGGAUGCAGAAAGACCAAGUAAUAGUUCUCUGGAGUUUAAGAUCCGACCUGCGUACGUGUGUACACCUGCAUACAAGGUUAUUGCUACUAAUACACUGCUUCGAAGCAAUGCAAUGGGUCUCGCAACAUCAGAAAGGUCAUCCUUACUGGCAAUCUACCAGUAA